CUUCUGGACCUGGACGAAAAGGCCCUGCUAGCCACGGCUCAAGAGCUGGCUACACGUCAUCCGGGCGCCAGCAUCCGUACAUCCACCCUAGACGUCACCGACCCGGCGGCCCAGCGGGCUGCGUUCAAGGCGCAUGUGGACACGUACGGUGGACUGCAGCUGGUGGUGCUCAAUGCGGGCAUCGGGGAGCGGGGGACCUUCUUCGACCCCAACAACACCCGCUGGCAGACCACACUGGAUGUGAAUCUGACUGCCGUACUGCACGGAAUCAAAAUCGCCUCCGAGCUUAUGAUGUCGUACGGGGGUGGCGCCAUCCUGGCGGUGGCUUCUGCAGGAGCGGUAUUCCCCAUGCCGGUCGCGCCCGUGUACGCGGCCGCCAAGGCGGGUGUGGCGCACUUCGUCCGCUCGGCCGCCCGCGGGUUGGUUUCGGGGGCUGCUCGGCGGCCCUCCUCCCCCUCCCCUGCCGCCGUACGGCUGAUGGCUCUGUGUCCCGAGUUCGUGGAGACCCCUCUGGUGACCCGGCUCAUGAAGGAGGAUCCCGCACUGGCCCGGCGGCUGCUCGGCAGCUUGGACAUCAAACUUCUGCCCCCCGCCUUCGUCGCCUCUGUGGCGCGACGUGCUGAAUGGGCGGUGUGGGCCACCAUGGCAUUACCCCGUGAAUAUAAGAAGAUCGUCAUCACCAGUCUGAGUUCCAAUUUCCGCGGGGCUGCUCGCCUGGUGGCGGUCCCCCUUGGGCCCCUGCUGGCGCCCCCCCCGGGGCAGCUGCUGGUGCGGCGAGUGACUGCCGGGGUGAACGCCUCCGACAUCAACUACAGCUCGGGACGGUACCACACCAGCUCAAGGGAGGCGGAGUCCAAGUUGCCCUUCGAUGCGGGGUUCGAGUCCGUCAAUGUGGUGGUGGCGGUGGGGGAGGGGGUCACGGGAUUCGCGCCAGGAGACUGUGUGGCGGCGCUAUCGUACGGCAGCUUUUCAGAGUACGGCAUCGAAUCUGCCCGUACAGCCCUGCCAGUACCUAGUGUCGCUCCGGAGGUGGUGGCGCUGCUGACCAGCAAACUGGCACGUCCCCCUUCAGCUGCAGCUCAGUGGGCCGCCGGUACACCACCCGGUAGCGCUCGGGGGCUACACCAGACCCUGCCAGCACCUCACCCGCAGCGGAGGCCAGGUCAGUUUGCCGUACAGCUGGCCAAGGCUGCGGGCUGCCGAGUGGUGGCCACGUGCGGCGGUCCGGAUAAGGCCCAACUGCUGCGGGAGCUGGGUGUGGACAGAGUCAUCGAUUACACGAAGGAAUCGGUCAAGGACGUUUUGAAGCGCGAGUUCCCCUCGGGGGUGGAUGUCGUGUAUGAGAGCGUCGGCGGGAUGAUGUCAUCGUACGGAAGCGGUUGGGCGCCUGGGUCGUACCCGGGCCUUGCGGAAAAGCUGCUGUGGAAGAGCGCCGCAGCUGUGGGCUUCUUCCUCCUGCGGUACGCGCCGCUGUUUAAGUCGCACCUAGCCCGGCUGGUGGCGAUGUGGGAGGCGGGUCGUCUCAAGGUGGCAAUUGACCCACGGGUCUUUAUGGGGGUCGAGUCGGUAUUCGACGCUGUUGAGCACCUCCACAGCGGCCGCAGUGUGGGCAAGGUGGUGUACAAGGACCUGACGGCUGAGGCGCCUGUGUCCUCCAAGGCGGUUCACAUCUGGGACAUCACCUACAAAAAGGAG